GGCAGGCGGCGCCGUCGAAAUUCAUGACGUCACGGGAAGCUAGCUGAUGCGGGAACUUCGAAGGGGCGUCUCCCACCGGACUUUCGUGGCCUCCGCUCACGCAGUUCGACAGCUUUGCUUGUACUACGGCUACAUAUGGCAAGCAGUGCGCUGGGGGACCACAAGAUCGGUCACGCCUCGACAACGCAGACAUCGAAACACCGACACAUCCGACAGAAGCAGUCGCUCAUCGCUACUGACUGUGAAAUUGGCGGGAAAAUGAGCGUCUCCCGCAGCACUGCAGCUCUGCGCACAAGGUCACUGGGAGAGGCCGGCACCAUUUUGGUUUGAAGCUCUUCGAGCAACAGCCACCCGGCACAACUCAGCAGCCAUGAAAGCCUUCAUUGCCAUUGCUCUGCUAUCCGCUGCUUCGGUGGCCUAUGCCGGUUCGAAGACAGAUGCUCUUGGCCCCGCAGGUUUUCCGGGCAGUGUGGGCGGCCCUGGCAGUGUGGGCGGCCCUGGCAGUGCCGUCGGGCCGCUUGGGCCCAGCAGUGGCGCCUCAGGGUUCCCGUCUCUGCCCUCACUAGGUUCAUCUGGAGCAGGGUCUUCGGGAUCUGCGGCUAGCUUGCCUGGAUCUUUUGGACCUAGCUCCGGACCUGCAGGACGACCUAGCUCAUCAGGCCCCGCUGCCCGUUUGCCGAGUGGAGGCUCUUAUGGUCCGUCAGGCUUUGGACCUUACGGUUACGGACCCAGUUUUGUCCCUGGUUAUUACGUAAAUGGCGGCUUCGACGGUUUCUACGGCAGCGGCUUUGGCGAUGCAGGUUAUUACGGCGGCAGUUUCGGUCCAUUCGGCGGCUACGGCCCUAGCUUUGCCCCCGGCUAUGGUUCCAGCUUUGGCCCUUCUGGCUAUGGCCCCGUUUACGGUUUUGGCCCCGGCUCUAGUUUCGGCUCUGGUUUUGGCCCCGGUUCUAGCUCUGGUUCCGGCUUUGGCUCCGGAUUUGGCUCCGGAUUUGGCUCCGGCUUCGGUCCUAGCUUUGCUGGUCAGGGAGGCAACUUCGGCAAUGGCUACGGAUUUUACGGCCCCGGGGUCAAUUAUGGUUCCCCAUUGGGUGGCCAGCCAGGCUUUGGAUUUGGCUCUGGCAGCUCUGGCAGCUUCGGCGGCAGCCUUGGAUCCUCCCAAUUUCCCGUACGAGGACGUUCAGGUUCUGGUGCAAGAAGCUCCAGCUCCUCCUCUUCUUCCUCUCGCCAAUAAUUAAUGGACGCAACAAAACCUAUAAAUCCUAUAAAAACGAGAGUCCUUGGUGGCGCUUUCCCGGUGACGUAAAAAACAAGGAAGACUACCAACGCUAUCAGUGGACAUUUCCCCGCAUUGCCAUUCGGAUAAUACAACAAUAAACAUUAUAUUUAAAUUUGC